CGAUCAGCUGAUCAGUGUUUACAUCCCGCACUGUGGCCGCUCGCGCUGGAUGUGAACAGGGGCUGAAACCCGACGGGAAAAGAGACGAUGGAGGAGACGAGCCCACCGCGGAACGGCUGUUAAAAGUGACCAGUAAACCGACACUGUGUGUUGUGGUCAGACGCUGAGUCACCGCAGCGCUGUUUCUUUGUUUGCGGCGGAGAUCAGAUUUAGCUCAGAGCCCAUCUGCUGCCUUUUAUUUCCAGCCAGACCGACUGGGUGCAUCUGAGUAUAUAACUACAAUGGGUGGAGCAGUGAGCGCAGGUGAGGACAAUGAUGAGUUGAUUGACAACCUGAAGGAGGCCCAGUACAUCCGUACAGAGCUGGUGGAGCGUGCCUUCAGGGCUAUUGAUCGUGCUGACUACUAUCUAGAGGAGUUCAGAGACAGCGCCUACAAGGACUUGGCCUGGAGACAUGGCAACAUCCACCUUUCUGCUCCCUGUAUCUACUCUGAGGUGAUGGAGGCACUGGACCUGCAGCCAGGCUUGUCCUUUCUCAACCUGGGAAGUGGGACAGGAUACCUCAGCACCAUGGUGGGCCUCAUAUUGGGCCCAUUUGGUGUGAAUCAUGGUGUGGAACUACAUGCUGAUGUCAUUGAGUAUGCUUAUCAGAAGCUGGACUGCUUUAUCAAGACGAGUGACAGCUUUGACAGGUUUGAGUUCUGUGAGCCGUCGUUUGUAAUUGGGAACUGUCUGGAGAUUGCCCCAGAGAGCAGGCAGUAUGACAGGGUGUACUGUGGAGCAGGGGUCCAGAGGGAGCAUGAAGAUUACAUGAAGAACCUCCUAAAAGUUGGAGGUAUCCUUGUUCUACCUUUAGAGGAAAAGCUUACUAAAAUUACUAGGACGGGAUACAACACAUGGGACACCAAGAAGAUCAUUGCGGUGUCCUUUGCACCUCUUGUACUUCCAAAACACAGAGAAAAUGGCAAACCCAGAGCAGUAUCUCUACCUGCCAUGUUUGAGGUCCGAAGUCUUCAGGACUUGGCUCGCAUCUCCAUCCGGCAGACGCUGAAGAAGUCAGUGUCUGGGUCGUGGCCUCUGCCCCAGAGAGUGGGUUCCAGAGGCAGGUCCCGCCUGAAACAGAAACGAGAACACCGCGACUCCACGCUACUGACGAAUCGCUACGUGUUCAUGAGUCGUCUGAUCCCUGGACCUAUGGAUGACAACAACAACCAGUCAGGGACAGAUGAUGAAGAGGAGGACUGCAGAGGAGUUUGUGAACGUGAGGAGGAUGAGGCAGAAGAAGAUGAAGAUGGGAGGAGGAAGGAGGGAAGAGUUCUGCUAAUUGAAGCUCCUGUUAAUGUCCUGAGGGAGAAGAUCCUCAGCCUCCCUCUUCCAGAGCCACUCAAGAUGUACCUUCUAUAUUACAGAGAGAAGUAAGCCCAGCUCAGUUACAGACUACCUACAGGUACCCAGUGCCCCAUCAGUCUAACUCCUGCCUUGUCAGCAGAGCUGCAAAGUGCAAUUUUUUAAUGGUCAAAUAAUCAGUGGUUACUAUAAAGGACUCAUCCAUUUUUUUUAUCUGCCAUCAAGCACAAACAGCUUUUUAGAGUAUGCUAUGUAGACUUAUUCUGAUUCGUCGCCGUCAUUGCAAAAUCUUCUAACUCCACUUUUUGUUUAAAGCCGCUCUUUACACUGUUGCAACGUUUCAUGAAGAUUAACUAACAGAAAUGGUCCAAAAUCUAGUUAUUAGACCUAUUAUGAUCAUCAAAUUAAUUUGAUUGUCAUAUAAAUAAUUGCAAUUAAAAAUUAGUCUUUUUUGCUUGUUGUAUGCAAAUAUUAAUAUACAAGUCUAAAGUAGCCAAAUUGACUCAUUUUGCUCUCAACUGACGACAGACGCAGCUUGAGCUCAAAUGCACAAACAUUACUCAUCGCUGCUCUGUAAAGGUGUCUUAGCACCCGUCACAAGUUUGCCGUUUUUAGUACAUAUGUUUUCUGCUUUCUUUUGCAUUUGCCUCAACUGAACGGUUAAAAACACUCCUAAUUCACACUGUGAGUUGUGACAUAAACAUUUUGGAUCAUGUAAGCUGACCACUGUGGAAAACCACAGUGAUCAGACAAUUCUGAAAUAACUAUGACAGGCUUAAUAGUUAUAUCAACCUAUAUUAAAUAUAAGAAUGUUUUUCCCCCCUUCUCCUAUAAAAUGAUCAUUUAGGAGAUGUAUGUUUUAAUGACAACGAUAAUAACAAAUACUGUUCAGUACAAAAUGUUUUACUAUAUAUUAAAUAAUACAUUUUAAUAUAUUCAUACAAAUAAGCCAAAACGUUAUGACCUCCUGCCUAAUAUGUUGUUUUUCCUUCACAUGCUGCCAAUGCAGCCCUGACCCAUUGAGGCAUGGACUCUUUUAAGACCUUUGAAAGUGCCCUGUGGUAUCAAGUAUCAUGACGUUAGCACCGGAUCGGUUAGAUUCCGCAAGUUGUGAGGGGGUGCCGCUCUUGAUUUUAACCAUCAUUAAAAUUUUCUGCCAAAGUAGCCCUUCUGUCAGUUCAGACCAAAUGGGGUAGCCUUUGUUGCCCUUGUGCAUCAGUGUGCCUUGGGUGCCCAACACCCUGUUGCCAGUUCAUAGUUUGUCCCUUCUCAGACCACUGUCGGUACGUACUCACCACUGACUAGCAGCUCCCCAAUGGAGAUGCUCUGACCCAGUGGUCUGGCCAUCACAAUUUGGCCUUUGUCAGUCACCGAAGUAUUCAAGCCUGCCUAUUUGUCCUACAUCUAAAAUGUUGACUAUGAUAACCAGCUGUUUGCUUACCAAUAUAUUUGAGAUCUUGACAUGGGCCUUUGAUAAGCAACAUUAUUUGCCUUAUCCAUGAGUGGUCAUUAUGUUUUGGCUCAUCUGUAUAUUUAUAUAUGUAUUAAAGCUUGAAUUUGAAAUUGCAAAAAGACAUUUUUCACACAAGGCAAAACUUAAAUCAGUACAAACUAAAUAUGAACAGCAAAUGUCUUCGUUUUUAGUAAAUCUAUUUUUGAGGAAAGUGCCCCUAGCACUGCUAUAACAGUUCCUGAUUGGGCCAUUAAGCAUUGUGUAUUUCUUCUUUCAAAAAUAUUCAGGACAAUAGAAGAAAUCAAAGAUUUGCCAUUUUCCAGAACUAAUCAUCCCUACAUGUCAACAACCUCUUUUUCAAUAUAUCUGAAUCAAUAUAUUUCUCUUACUGCCUGCUGAUGUUAAAUGUAGUCUCCUAGUUUACUCGCCAGGUUUUUUGCUUUUUUGUUUGUCCGAGACUGAGACAGAGCCUUCACUGGAUUCCUUUGCUCUUUCCUUCUUAUGUCAGUAGACGUAUUACUCUAAACAAUGGCCGAUGGCCUGCUGAAUCACAAAACUUGUGUUGCGUGGAACCGUUUGGCUUUGUGUGUUUUUGUGUAUUUCAUCUUUAUCUCGGAUUUUAGAGACUGAUACGUUUUAUGAAAAUGAAAUGACAAAAAAACGUUGUGUUUGUUUUCAAUGAAGUGUGUGAAAGAUUCAAUUACUUCAGUGAUCUCAUGUGAGAAAUUCUACUGUGCUUUGGAAAAAAAUGUUAUAAAUAAAAGGUAUGCCUAACUCCACUGAAGUUAAGAGGGAUGUAGGAGUAUAUGUAAGUUCUCAUCCAACAGAGUGAUCCGAAUGUUUUGCUUCGGUUUUCAUGGUUUGUAUUAAACGUCUGUCUCCGUGUGCCAUGCUGAGUGCUACAGGACACACAAAUAUAAUAAACGAGUCAUUGUGGACUCAGGUGUUUUAAAAACCAA